AAGAAGACGACCAGAGCAGUGUCCGCCACCCUCCUCUCGCUCCCUCUCCCCCAGAAACUCCAUUCCCCCCACGCGUAUCGCUCUAUCGGAAUCCCCGUCCCGGUGGCUUCCCGUCGACCCAACCCUCGUCCACAUGCAUUGAAUUGACCUCGUCCGCUCUCCGCUGACCUCCCAAGGAUUCACUCUGCUAGCACACGAGAGUGAGGACAGCCCACCGCGCGUUCGUCUCCAUGAGCGGUGGCGGCGGUUGCUCGGGGGCGGCCUCGUCGGAGGGCCUCUCCGGGGAUGGCGGGGGCACCGCGUGGCGGCGCAUCUACGACCGGGUCGAGGAGCUCGCCGCCGACCGCGCGCGCGUGGAGGCCCUCAACAGGACCCAGCGCGAGCUGUCGGAUGCCCGCCUCCUCCAGGCCAAGGAGAGCAGGAAGAGGUGGAAGGCGGCCUACAUUGACCGCCUACUUCCCGGUGCUAAUCAGAAGCUCGUCGGCUAGAAUCGAAGGAAGCACUGAAUUUCUGUCAAGUUAUAUAUGUUGCUGCUGAUAUAAUUACGGUUCCGUGUGUACAAUGUACAACUCCGACAGAAUGACGCAGAUUCCAGGGAUUGUGUAGAUCUGGUAGGCGCCGAUAACUCAGUACCAAUGGUAUGUACAGAAACAUCAGCUCCAUUGAACCCAGCUUGUGCAUGUCAUUUAUUUUCUUAGUCUCUGUUUUGCAUUCAUCCCCUGUUUUGCAAUAAUGUGGGUACAGCCCAAGGAAGUUAGCAGUCAAAACAAUGCUGAUCAGGUGGAUAUACCAGGAGAUUUAACAGCAGAGCUAAGGAAAUUAAAGCACGCUUACGAGACCCUGAGCUCAAACAGGGAAAAGGAAGCUUCUGCACAACUUGCGGUAAAGGAUUUUCUGUGGAACCAGUUGAGGACAAUGGACAGGGAUCACAUGGCGCUUCUUCGGAUAAAAGAAGUGGAGGCGGCACAAGCUACUGAAGCAGCACAAAAGCGUCAGCAGAGCAUAGAGGAGCUGCAAGUGGCGGCUCGGAAGAAGGAUGAUGAGAUUGCCAGGUUGAGAGCACAAGUAGUUGUUGCAGAAAACAAGGUUACUAGUCAAAAGCGCAGGCGACUGGGAUGUACGUUCAAGAUCUUUGUGAAGAUCCCGACCCUCGAUGGCAAGACCAUCGCGCUCGAGGUUUCUGAUUCAGAUACGAUCUUCAGUGUGAAGGCUAAGAUUCAAGACAAAGAGGGCAUCCCUGCUGGCCAGCAGAGACUCAUGUACAUAAAUACACUGCUGGUGGGCAGCUGCGCUCUCAAGGACCAGAACAUCCAGAUCCAGGAGGAGGACAUUCUUGACCUUGUUAUCCGAGGUAUGCAUAUCUUCGUGAAGGUGCGUGCUGGCAAGAGCGCCGUCGAGACCGUCACUCUUGAGGUUGAGAGCUCGGACACUCUUCAGAGUGUCAAGGCGAAGAUUUUCGACCAGACGUGUAUGCCCCCAGGCGGGCAUCGCCUCUUCUUGUCUGGCAAGCUGCUGGAGGACAGCUGCACCUUGGCUGACUACAACAUCGAAAAUGAUUCCAUCCUUGAUUCUGACGUUCGCUCCCCCUGGCCGAGCGAAAUGUUGCGCUUGUCGGUCAAGACACCGACAAGCAUGUCUUCGAGCAUGUGUGCAUGCGCUCGGAGACGGUCCACGAUCUCAAGGCAAAGGUUUAUGUUGAGUUGGGCAUUCCCCCGAAUGAGCAGCGCCUCUUGUCGGGUGGGGUCGACGGAGUCCCGCUUGAGGAUGGGGAACCCCUGUUAGGGGAGGGCACCCUCUAUCUGCAGGUCUUCUGACUUGCUGCUGGUGGUCGACCGGUGAUAUGGAUGCUCGAUAUUCAGAAUACCCCCAGUUGUCUUCUAAUGAUGUUAUGUCUGAAGGACUGGUGACAAUGGCAUGGCACAAGGAUGGUCUUGGUACUAGUUUUUAUACUGGUCAUCCAAUCUUACACCACUGUGUCUGAUCUGAACAAGAUGUCUUGCCCGCGCAACACCGUACGUAGAACAUGCUGAUUUUCGACUCAUUCAAGCUCAGCAAAUGCACAUGUUUGUCAAGAUUCUCAGUAAAGCAAGACCAUGAGAUCACUCUUGCCGUGUGAGGGCUAUGUAUGUACGAUUCAGGACAAGGCAUGCACCAGACCAGACCAGAUAGUUGAAUGUGUCACAUGGACCGUAUCCUUGGCGCGCUUCUUGUAGGCAUGGCGCUUGUUAGCCACCGCGUCAUGCACCGGAGGAUCUAGAGCAGCCACCGGAGGCGGAGCAAGGCCAGGAGGCCAGGAGGCCAUGGGCGGUGCGGCAAGAACUAGAGCAAAUGGAUAGAGUUUCAGUUUCAGACUUGUUCAGCUCGGUGUCUCCUCAUCAUCAUUCUGUGAGGCUAUCUCCAGAUUCUAGUUUGUAAUGCUCCAGGUAAAGGUAACUAAUUAAGAUGAGAGACCCCAGUUUUCAGAGCAA